AGGACCGUCCGCCCCCUUCCACACAAUUCACCCGGUUAAACACGCAACGAGCACAGAACUUUUUCAUCAGAGAAAAAAAAUAGUAGUGAGGAAGAAAGCAAGAAAAAAUGUCAGGAAUAUCACAGGAUUGGGAGCCAGUGGUGAUCCGCAAGAAGGCCCCUACAGCAGCCGCCCGCAAGGAUGAAAAAGCCGUCAACGCCGCCCGUCGUGCUGGCGCUGAGAUCGAAACUGUCCGGAAAUCUAAUGCAGGGACAAACAAGGCUGCCUCAAGCAGCUCCACAUUGAACACCAGGAAGCUUGAUGAAGAGACUGAAAAUUUGGCUCAUGAAAAGGUGCCCAGUGAACUGAAGAAAGCCAUCAUGCAGGCUCGAUUGGACAAGAAAUUGACCCAGGCUCAGCUUGCUCAGAUGAUAAAUGAGAAGCCCCAAAUCAUCCAGGAAUAUGAAUCUGGAAAGGCAAUUCCAAACCAGCAGCUUAUUUCGAAACUGGAAAGGGCCCUUGGCGUGAAACUGCGAGGAAAGAAAUAAAACAAGCAGCAAGUGGAGUUUAAAAAAUUUGCUUGCAAUGUUGUUUGGAGUCCUAAAAAUGCGGUGGUGUUGUUUUCUUUUGUUUUUCAAUUGAUGUCGCAUCUGCUGCUACUAUGGAUUAUGGAUUUGGCGUUUCUUGUGAAUAGGGGAUGUUUUUCUUGUGAAAAUAUGAGGAUCACCCUCAUCUCAUUCUCCUUUAAUGAAAUAAAUAUGUCCUUGGAAUA